AUGUCGAACAUGUUCUGUACCCUAUUCUCGCGUCGCCCCAAGGAAAACCUCACGCCAGCUCAGAAACGCAUGUACGCACUAGAGCGUCUCGACAAUUAUCGCACUCUUGCCAGGCUGACUGCGACGCGUUCACGAUACACUCUCACUUCGUCUGAUCUCGUCUCCGCGGAGCUCCAAGUCGAGCUAGCCCAGCUGGGUCAAUUCGCUGAGCUGGCAUACGCUUGGCUGGAUCCAGAAUUUGUCUUCGCAAACGUUGACGUGCUGUCUCGGACGAAUUUCCCAUUCGAAGGAUACGAUGCAUUACAGGAAGCAACGUUAAUCUCAUCUUUCCGAGGCGUAGUGGCGGACGUACCUGCACUCGUGAUAUAUCGUGGGAGAACGCGCCAGCUUGUAGUUGGGUUCUCUGGAACGGCGUCCCUCAGGCAGGGAUUGUACGACGUGCAUGCAAACAUGAAAGCACAUCCCUCGGGGCCCGCAUGUGCGGUGCACUCCGGAUUCUGGAAGAUGUAUUUGGGCUGCAAAGCUCAGGCUUUCGAGGGUGUUCGAAAAGGUUUGCGCGAACAUGAAGUCAUCGAGUUGGUCGUCACGGGCCACAGCAUGGGCGCCGCGCUAGCCUUCCUGUUUGCACUAGAUGUUCUCACUGCGGACCCUCCUCUUCAACCUGGCUUGAGGGUAAAGGUUGCUGCAUUCGGCUCACCUCGGUUCGGUAACGAGGCGCUUUCUGGAAGGUGGCAGGAAAUCGUCGAAGCUUAUAUGGCUGCAAAUGGUGAGAAUGCCGUAACAGAUUACCUGGUGAAAGCCUACAACGACGGAAUACCGUCUCUUCCUCCAUCCAUUUUUGGGUACGCACAUCUUGCGAGAACGGCUCUAUAUUUUUACCACGGCCAAUUGUUUCAUACCCCUGUCUCUCAGAGGGAACAUGGGGUGUUUAAUGUGGCAGGUGACGCGCUGGAUCCUGCUCGAGUGCCAGAGCAUCCUCGCGGUGGACAUAACUAUUACAACGGCCGGGAUUGGGAGAAAAUUAUUCGGCGGAUGCGCUGGCUAAAGCAGGUGAUGGAAACAGGGUCCGGCGAAUGGGAAAAAGGGUAUAUAUCGCAGGUUGCCCAGGCUGAACGCGUACGGAAAUGA